AUGCUCGUUUCUAGAUUCACGUAUCUUUUGUUAUGGCCAGGCUAUAACGUUUUAGCCUCGCCACCCACAUCUUCACUCCAGACACGAAGCGCUCCCGGGAACACUGUACAAGAUGUAUAUGAAUCCAUCAGGCAAGGUCUGGCAAUUGCGAACCUGGAGAAGCGCUACGAGAACAAGAGUGAAAUCAAUCUCGCGAGGCGCUGGACUGAUGCCACGCUACUGCACGUCGAAGUCGGAACACAGAGUUCUGAGAACGGUGGCAACAGCAGUGUAGAGAUUAAUGCUAGUAUCGAAGUCACUUGCACCACUUGCUACGUUCGUGGGCUUGCUACAGCUCAAAUCACAAUAGGUGAUGGCUUCGAUAUGGGCAUCGCCUACAAUGCUACCGCUGAAUCUGUUCGGCAGAAUGUUGGUCAACUCGCAUCAGACAUCUCGAACUAUCUCGACAACUAUACUGACUCUGUAUUAACCAACGUUGGUGACGGUUUUGACUGGUCAGACUUCGACCUGCCUACUUUUCCAUAUCAAUUCGACCUUUCAGUCCCUCCGAUGCCAGACUGUCAUCUACGGUUCCAAUUCGAUGAUUUGGAGCUGUACAUGGCAGUGGACACUGUCCUGUCUGCAGGCGCAACUUACGAACUGAACCUGUAUUCCUCCAACACUCCCGCGGGUUUUGCGGUUGGACCGGUGCAAUUCGGUUUCGUUGUCCAGGUUGAUUUGAUCUUGGCGAUCGACGGCGAGAUCGAUAUAAGCAGUGGCAUUCACAUCAUGCUCGAUGAUGGAGUUACGAUGGAUCUCGAUCUCUUUGGUAACAAUGUCACGGACCUGGUAGUGAAUGGCGGCAAAUUCGAGUUUCUACCAGUAACAGUCCAAAGUGGAGGCGUAGUCAUUUCCGCCGCCCUUCGUGUAGGCGUCCACUGCGGCGUAGAAGUAGGCACACCUCCAUCUACAGACUUCAGCGCGAUCGACGAGAUGCGAACUGGGAUCGAAGUCGCCGUCUUUGCCAACGUAGCCGAAUUCGUCACAAACGUCACCUAUGCCCCCGAAGACGAGGAAUGCGAAAUGAAGGUCGUGCAGGCGUUCAAUUUCGCUGUCGGUGCCAUUGCUGGUGCAUCCAUGGUUGUCGAUCUCCAUGGACUGGACCCUCAGACUUGGGGUCCUGUCCCAGAAACCUCGACGGCUGUUUACACGACGACGCUUGCAGAGGUCUGCGCCAUCAAAGGUACACCGACGCCUACUCAGGCAAGCAUCACCGCUGUAGGAGAGAAGCAAGAUGAUCUUACCACGACGACUAUCAGCACAACACUAAUGACUACGGGUGUGAGCUGCACUAUUACCGGUAUUGCGGCCUGUCCUGCAUCAGCGCAGGUCUCGACCAAAGCCACCACCGUCAAGCCACUCGUAACUGCUGUUCCUUCUGGCGUGGAGGCAACCUUCCCAGAAUCUGUCUUUGAAGGUGUUCAGAGCCCUAUCACCUUUGGCUCGCACGCCAAAAGCAUCAAGGCAACCUCGGGACAGCCUACUGCUUACGUCGAACCCAAUCACGAGUCACCCACAGAUAUCCAUGAUGAUGCAUUGGAUGGCCAAAUCCAAGGCGUAAACAUAAAGCUCAUCAUUGGCCUCAGCGUCGGCCUCGGAGUCCCCAUCUUGCUCGCUGCGCUUGCGGCUAUCUGGGUCUUCCAAAGACGCAACAAGCGUACAGCGGAUGAGACUGCCGCGGCCGCUAUGCUUCCGAAUUUUCAUGUUCAGGAUGUUGGGCAUACAGAUGACCCCGAGUGUUCGAAGCAAGCUGGAGUGACUAAUGUUCUUGCAUUGACUCCCGAGCUUCUGGCAAGUUAUUUCUUAUCUACCACUAUUCAUUAUUCAUCUAACCAUUCCGUUCCCUCUCCAGUAUCAAUGUUCUGCGCAAGAUACACAUGUGCAACAAUUGGUUCUCCCACUGGUGACACUGGUAUCUCGUGGUCGUAA